CCCCCGCGCUAGCUAUAACCAUAUAGCUAACACGGCAGCGCAGUAAUGGGCAAGGGCGGAAGCAAGCUGCGGCCAGAGGCGCUCGCCGACCUGCGCGAGAACACCGAGUUCUCUGACGCCGAGAUCCACGAGUGGUACAAGGGCUUCCUCAAGGACUGCCCGUCGGGCCAGCUGUCCGUCGACGAGUUCAAGAAGAUCUACGGCAACUUUUUCCCGUACGGCGACGCGACCAAGUUCGCCGAGCACGUGUUCCGGACGUUCGACGCCAACGGCGACGGCACGAUCGAUUUCCGCGAGUUUCUGACGGCGCUCAGCGUGACGUCACGCGGCAAGCUCGAGGACAAGCUGCGCUGGGCGUUCAGCAUGUACGACCUAGACGGGAAUGGCUUCAUCAGCCGGCAGGAGAUGCUGGAGAUUGUAUCGGCGAUCUACAAGAUGGUCGGAUCCGUAAUGAAGAUGCCCGAGGAUGAAGCGACGCCGGAGAAACGCACCGAGAAGAUCUUCCGACAGAUGGACAAGGAUCUCGACGGGAAACUAUCGCUAGAAGAAUUCGUAGAGGGCGCCAGGAGCGAUCCGUCGAUCGUACGACUACUGCAGUGCGACACAGGCGGGCAGUGAGAGCGUAGCUUGCGCGCUAGAGGAGCUCGUUAGACCUCGCACGUUAAACUCACUGCCCACUUUCCUCGACGACGUCUGCGCGAUAUUCCAAGCUAGCGAGACGUUGUCAGGGUAAUUUCCAAUAUGAUUUAGCAGUCGAGCAGAUAUGAAUAUCAAUUAUUAACGGUUAGGUGCAUACCAGUUGGUAGUUAGAAUCUGCCUUUAAGCCUCACUAAUAGCUAUAAGUGGACCCUUGGCUCGUGUACACGACGAAUAUGCCAAACAGCACUGCCUACUGCAUCAAGGAAUGCUCUGAUUGGUGGAAAUUAAAUAGAGCUAGGUCAAGUUAUAAAUGCUGCCAUCAGUUUUCUUAGUGUUACGAUCUUGCAGUCAUGCCACCAUUAAGGCUUCUUCAUCACUGUCCAUCUCAUCGUCACUCCGAACUAUCUAUCUAUACUAUAGUAUAGUAUCUACUCGUACUGAUCGUGAUUAUAAAGUAGAAGAAGUAUGCCGACCAAGUACCUGUGCGAACCGCACUGUUCUUUAGUUUCUGGCCAGUAAUCAUAAAUGUCGAUAAACGCUUUUUUUAAAGAUAUGACACUCAGAUAUCGUGUUGUCAAUAGAUUGACACAAGGUUGAUUGACAUAGUACCAGAGUAUUUAAUUAUCUUCUGGUAUUCUUAGUUGGCACAAGUAAUCGCCAUUACAUUCGCAAUGAAGAGGGAAAGAUAGUGAGAGUGAAAGAGACAGAGAGAGAGGAGAGAGGAGCACGAUCGAGAGAGAAAGGGAGAG